AUGGACGCCAGUGCUUACUGUCCAGGAGGCUUCGCCCUUGUUACUUCCCAACUAGAUGUGCAAGACAAUUUUCUAAUUACAUGA